UCGCUCUCGGGCUCUACAAAAGGGAGUGACCUCUGGGCUUUGACAGCUCCCCUAAUAACUACCGCGGCGCAGGCCCCGCCCACCCGGCGGCCAGCCGCGCCGAUUGGCCCGCGGGCCGGCAUCCCGCGCGCCGAUUGGCCCGCCGCUUCCCCUGAGCGAACCUUUAGAACUCUGAGACAGACAAUAUUCUGUUACAUUGUAGCAAAAUGGCGACUGUCAUUCACAACCCCCUGAAAGCGCUUGGGGACCAGUUCUACAAGGAAGCCAUUGAGCACUGCCGAAGCUACAACUCGAGGCUGUGUGCGGAGCGGAGCGUGCGCCUCCCUUUCCUGGACUCGCAAACGGGAGUGGCUCAGAACAACUGUUACAUCUGGAUGGAAAAGAGGCACCGAGGCCCAGGCCUUGCUCCGGGCCAGCUGUACACGUACCCUGCCCGCUGCUGGCGCAAGAAGCGACGAUUGCAUCCACCAGAGGACCCAAAGCUGCGACUCCUGGAAAUCAAACCUGAAGUGGAGCUGCCCCUGAAGAAAGAUGGGUUUACCUCCGAGAGUACCACCCUGGAAGCCUUGCUUCGCGGUGAGGGAGUGGAGAAAAAGGUGGAUGCCAGAGAAGAGGAGAGCAUCCAGGAAAUACAGAGGGUUUUGGAAAAUGAUGAGAAUGUAGAAGAAGGGAAUGAAGAGGAGGAUUUGGAAGAGGAUAUUCCCAAGCGCAAGAAUAGGACCAGAGGACGGGCUCGUGGCUCUGCAGGUGGCCGGAGGAGGCAUGACGCUGCCUCUCAGGAAGACCACGACAAACCAUACGUCUGUGACAUCUGUGGCAAGCGCUACAAGAACCGGCCGGGACUCAGCUACCACUACGCGCACACUCACCUGGCCAGCGAGGAGGGAGAUGAAGCCCAAGACCAGGAGACCCGGUCCCCACCCAACCACAGAAACGAGAACCACAGACCCCAGAAAGGACCAGACGGGACAGUCAUUCCCAAUAACUACUGUGACUUCUGCUUGGGGGGUUCCAACAUGAACAAGAAGAGCGGGAGGCCGGAAGAGCUGGUGUCCUGUGCAGACUGUGGACGCUCUGGUCACCCAACUUGCCUGCAGUUCACCCUGAAUAUGACUGAGGCGGUCAAGACCUACAAAUGGCAGUGCAUAGAAUGCAAAUCCUGCAUCCUGUGUGGGACCUCAGAGAAUGAUGACCAGCUACUUUUCUGCGAUGAUUGUGACCGUGGCUAUCACAUGUACUGUUUAAAUCCUCCAGUGGCCGAGCCCCCAGAAGGAAGCUGGAGCUGCCAUUUAUGCUGGGAGCUGCUCAAAGAGAAAGCAUCAGCCUUUGGCUGCCAGGCCUAGGCCCCCGGGUCACACAAUGUGACAUGCCCCUGGAGAGGCUGAACUGGAGCCCUGCUCAAUCCAGACAGAGCUCUCCUCCCGAAUAUCCACACAGACCAACUGCAAGGAAAAUGAAUAGUUAACAGAAGGGCGUGGACAGGCAGAACCAAGAGGGCACCUGUGACCUCCUGCCUCAUGUGUGGUAUUUCAGCAAGCGUGUCCUCAUUUCUACCAGAGGGUACUUGCACUUUUGAAGAACAAUCCAGCCCCAGCCCUGUGGAACCUUUUUCACAUUCACCCUCACAAUCAUCCCUUUCAUCGCUUCCCAUUUUAGAGGAAGCCAUUUUUGUGACUGCUCAUCAAUUACUCGGGUGUUGUUUGGUGGUUUUAUUAUUAUUAUUAUUUUCAAUCUAUUGUGUUUCAAGAACUCUUCACACAGCCUCCUCACCCUUAGCUUAGGCUCUUCAUCCUAAACUCUCACAGAGGAACAAAACGCUGUGGUAAAGUUGUCACCUAUUUCAAGCCUCACUGGAAUCUUCUAUGAUUGGAGGCCAUCUUGAAGAUGGAGCUUAGAAACGUCUCGGUUUCCUUGGUCUCUGCUAAGAAGAGGAGGUCUAGUUUUGGAGCCUCGGUUGUGGGGUCCACAGCCGGGAUGGUUUUGAUCCACUGGAUCACCACUUGAUAAGGAGUUGAGAGGGCCUGAGGGAUGGGAGGAAAAACUGGGGGCCCACUAUAGCCAGUCAGUGUUUGCUGUUCAUCAAGAGAAACUUUGCAAGGGACCGGUGUUUCCUUGACCUUCAGCACUGUGGUGUCCUUGAGGGGAGACAAGCCACAGCCUAUGAACACAGAAAAGUGCUGAAGAUGCUGCCUCCCAACUGAACUGAGUGUGAAGGCCUGGCUCGGUUUCUGCGGGUGGGACUCAAGCUCUGGAGAGGUGGGCAAAGACUGCCCUUUCAGUGGUCCAGUGUUGGAUAGAAGAGACUGUAGCUUUGAGAAAACCCUUCAGUAUUGAUGCUGUACUAUGAAUUUCUUUUCUGGGCAAUUUCUUCCUUCCGUGUAGUAUGUGUUUGCCGGUGACUAUUGAAAUGUGACUGGAACUUUUAGAAUGGUGGAGAGAUGAUCAUUAUUUAGCCAGAUCAUUGGGCACAAUGAUUACUUGUGGCUAGGUGGCAAUGAUUCAGAACCCUUGUCUGCUCUUGUACCCUAAGCUCCCCGCAUAUGAGACGGACUCUUGUUUGAAACAAGAGAGUUUCUAGAAGAAAGAGGUAGAGAGGCCUUGGUUCUGAGAACUCUGUGUUGUCGGGAAGACAAGCCUCGGGGGCUGGAGUAGGUUGGGCUGUCUUUGAAUCGCAGCAGCAGCGUGAUAACUGACACAUUUCUGGAAAAAUCAUUUGCCCAAAGGGCAGGUCUCCGUGAGCAGGACCCUCGCGCAUGCUCGGCUUCCCUGAAAUCGGCCCCAUCGCUGUGGUCCAGCAGCUUGCAACAAAGGCCUGGGUUAUUUUUAGUCUUCAGCUCCUGAAGAAGCCCCUGGGGACCCGGGCUGGCUGGGCCCCUCUGCCCAGCUGCAGCACUGCCUCUGCCACUCCGCAGGAAUCUCCCUCCCCCCCCCCCCCCCCCCCCCGCCGGCUAAUUGCUCUUGGCACGUGGACCUAGGGCACUCCGGCAUGGAGCCAAGUGGUGUGCUCCCUCCUCCUCCCCCAAACUCCUUUGCAGAGUGACCUGUGGCAAGAGCGUGGGGGUCACUCUCCUGCAGGCCCUGUGGCCUCAGAGCUGGUUACAUGCAUACGAAAUGAUCUCAUUUAAAGGGCUCCUGUCCGGACAGCGUUUCUCUCCUCCUCGCAAGCUCUCUUCUUCCUCAGGCUGGUUGCUGCGCCUGUGUAGAUUCUAAAGGCCCAGGGAAGGUCUGACAGAAUGGCCCAUCUCCACAGAGUGGGACGUCCUCUCUCUGAACUCUGCUUCUUCUCUCUUCCCAUAAAACCUAAAGCGGAGACUCCUCAAAGGCUAAUUACUUUUUUGGGGGAUUCGUAUUAAAUUAAUUUUAGGGGAGAAAAAAAAAAGGCCCAGAUGUUCUGGAAUGCUACAGUGGCUUAAAAGCAAAACAAACAAACAACAAAACAAGUUUAAACCCCUAAAACCAUGGUCCUGAGACUUGACAGGUCUCCUUCUGGAGUGUGCAUGAGUCCAUUCUCCACAGAAAUGCAGGCGUUCUAUACCCAGCUAUGCUUGUGCCUACCCAAGCUGAGGGGGUGCAUGCCCCCUCAGCCAAGCCAAGGCACCAGGCAGAGCUUGCCCACAACGCUGGCGCUGCUCAGCGCUCUGAGUCUCCUAAGGAAGGCUCCUGGGGCUCCUUCUGUUUGACCUAUGUCCUUAGAACAGGCUCAGCCUUUCCUCUUUGGAGGCUUUGGUUUGGGUCUCAAUGCGGAACGUGGAGAGAGCAGAGCAGCACGUGAGGUGCCCCAGGUCUCCAGAGCCACCUCCUGCAUUGGAAAAUUGAGGCAAAGUCAAAAUUACUAUCUUCUCUCUUUGAGCCCGGGAAUGAGCGGCAACCACAGGGUCAGGGUUCGAGCGUCCCCUCUACCCCUGAAUAGCGUGUGACCUUGGACAAAUCACACAGCGUCCUCAAAUCUUGAUUUACCCAUCUGUAAAGUAUACAUGAUAACACUUGCUUUUUCUAUUCCACGGUGGCACUGGGAGAGGGACCAAGGUAUAAUGUUAUAUAAACAACCAACUGCAGAGCCUGGCUUGUCUGUGGGAACUCCAAAUCCUUACUGAAGCCACCUUCUUGUGGAUUCUAGCCAAAGCUAGACACCUUCUUGGAAUGUCCCUUUUGAUGGAUGGAGGCUUUCAUGUCAAGGGCCAGGUUGUCUGUGGUUAGGGCUCCAUAAGCCAGGGCUGUGGUCAUGGAGACCAUGAUUGAGCUUAGGUUGUGAUGGCAGGUACCCAGGGUCUGGAGACUUGAGGAUGAAGAUACCAUAAAUACAUGUGCAUGUGACAGACAGACAGACAGACACGCUCAUGGACAUGCACACACACAUACACACACAUACAUACCAUCAGCACGAUUAACCACUUGGAGUGGAAGCCAGCUUCUGUAGAGGGCCCUGUGCACUUGUUGAAAUGUAGGCUCUUUCUAGCUGGUUAACUCCGAUCAAAUGACGUUGUCUCUCCGAGCCUCACUGCCUGCAUGUGUGAGGUAUGUGGCCUGUCUAGAAAUCCAGCAGGGAUAUUGGAGUAAUGCUGGUAAGUGUCAUGGUGUAGGUCUUGCUAAAGUAGGGCUUCCCGUCUGUGGUGGCCACUUUCAUUCUGUGCAGAGGUCACCAGGGGAGAGAAUGAUGCCGUCGAGUACCCCUCAAAUCCUGGACAGGGUUCUUCUGUCCAUACAAGGACAGCCUUAUGUCCUUAUAUGGUAGCUGAAAAUUUCCUGCUGGAAGAUAAAAUCUUCUUUUCUUUUAGACGUUUUUGAGACUACAUUUGGGACCUGUAGCAAAAUCCAGACAACAUCACCAGAGUGAUGAUCCUGAUAGGGAACUGACAUUCCUCCCCCUCUGUUUCUCUCAUACACACACAUACACACACACACACACACACACACACACACACACAUAUACACAACCCCCGGCACCCCCCCCCCCACUCCCCCCAUUCAGAGCCAGAGGCAGAAGCCAGCAGGUCCCAAGACUCUGCUGUAUGUGGUUGCCUCAGGGCCAGAUAGGAAGCCCAGGCUGGGUAGAAAGAACAGCUGCUUCCCAUGUCUGAGAGAGAGAGAGAGAGAGAGAGAGAGAGAGAGAGAGAGAGAGAGGAGGCUUUGCCGGGUAUGGGCUUCACUCCUGGUAUACUUUAGUUCCUGUACUUCAAGGAAGAAAACUAACAGGAUUGUUUUACAUUUCCUUCGAGGGAGAGUUGAGGGAACUUAUGCUCUGCUGUGGGUAGAAGAAAGAUCACCUGCAAUGCUGGGCUACAGCAGGCAGGAAAGAGGGUCUGGUGGUUCCCUCUCCCAGCAAGGCAGCCUUGCUCGGCCCAUGGUCCAGGCAGGGCCCUGAGAACAGCCUUGCCUGCCCUCUGCCACUGGGUUUGGAAGUGCUGAGUUGAGAAUGCUCUCUCCCUUCCUAUUCAUCCUUGGUCCCCCUUAGGGAAUUCCAAAGUCAUAGUCCCGUGGACAAGAUGGCUCCUGAGCCAUGGUUGCGCCCACAUUGCCACCGAACGUGUCUGGAUGCCAGGCCGGGCUCCAGGCAGGAGCAAUUCACUGGUGUUCCGUGUAGUAGGCCAGCAUUCCUGAGUUGGGUAGGGAGAGCCAGCAAGAGGGGUGGUCAGUGGGGAAACCAGGCAAAGCAUCAUAAAGAGAAAAAGGGGGGGGAGCCUUGAGUGUACCAAAGGAGGCUAUUGAGAGCUGUAAGCAGAGGGCCAGGGGGAAUGGAGAGUUCUAUGACGAGCUUUUCUGUCUCGGUCUUAUGGUCCUGAAAAACAAAUGGUUUGAAACAAAAACCAAACCUUUGCCUAGCAGCGGACACUGAGCCAGCUCUCCUUUCUCUGAGGCCCCUGGGCUCAUACUCAUUGAGGAGGGCUAUCUGAGGGCAAGGAGAGAGAGAGACUGCUGCCCCUCAUCCAGUGGAAGUAGGAAGGACCCCCAGGCCCCUGUCUGAGUCUCCAUGGAUUUUCCCACCCCCGCAGAGGAGUGUCUUUGCAACAUUUGGACAUAAGCUACCAGAACUCCUCUGGUCUACGCUGGUUAGGGUCAGGGGACAAAGGGUAACAGCGUGGGCUUGAUCCUGGCCUGCAGCCUUGGGCAUGGGAGUAGUUUCUGGCACUGUGGCUUCAGGGCUUAGGUCCUGUCUCCAGCAGCUGGAAAGUGAGGCAGAAGGGCCUAACCAGCCUCCUCCCUACCACCAGGCAAAACAGGCAGGUCCCUCUUACCGUCUGCUGCCCUUCUGGAUCUUUCCAAGAGCUCAGCUCUUGGGGGAAGGGAGAAGACCUUAUUUUUUUGUUUGUUUGUUUGUUUGUUUUUGCACCAAGUCUACGAGUCUCCCCACUAUAACCCUGACUGCACCAAAUCUAAUUUAUCAGUAGUCAGAGGGGCCUUUGAGACAGUCUGUGAGUUGGGCUCCUUUGUCAUUCUCCAGCAGUCUUCGGGCUUAAGCUUCUUGUGAGCCUCUUCCAAAGCCCACAGUAACCUUGAGUGUGGGAGCAGCAGGACAGAAGGACUAGUUCAGGCUCUUUGAGAGCUGGAAAUAUUUUCCAACCCUCAGGUGUUUGGAGGGACAGUAGGGUAGGGGGGCCGGGAAAUUUGCUUUGAGGAGUAGGUGAGAGGGAAGCAAGAGAGGAGAAUAUGGGAAGAUAAACAGAACAGGUCUUUGAGUAUCACAGUGCUUGUUCCUGGGAAGGCUUGGCUGCAGGGCUGUUCAAACUGGGCAGUAGGAGAGAGGCCCAAAUGAAACAACUUCAGGAAGCUAUGAGAUGGGGAGGUAGGCUCCUGCCUUGUCAUUUCUGCAUCAAACCUGUCUCUCAGAAGAGACAGAUCACCCGACCUGUGAGGAGAAAAACCAGGAGCCAGGAAUGGGGUCUCUUAGAAAGAUCCCUCUGGGUUCUGAGUGAGGCCUGGCUAUGCCUACUGACUGAUCAAAAGUGAUCCUCAGUGUUGGUGAAGCUGAGGAUAGGGACAGGGUCUGAGGAAUGAGUCUGUGAGAGCCUCAGGUGGAGGGGCUGGCAGCCCUGAAUGAGUGACACUCCACCGUUUCCCCAUCUCUGGCCUCACCACGAACAGGGAGCAUUUGUGCUGAUGGUGACAAUACCCAGGGCAGGGCAGAGGAAGGCAGGAUUGGGCUGGCAGGCAGCCAGAACCCUCUUCCACAGAGAUACAAUUACUAAUAAUGACCUCUAUCCUGAAAGCAAAUAAGAUGGCCAUUCAGGUCGCCACCAAAUGGGUCAGGCAAAUCAACAAAAUCCGGGUUGGGAAGGGACACUGGGGAAAAGAGGUCCCUGUAGGAAACAGAGGGACCCCAUGAGGCCCUGGGGCCUUUGUAUCCCUCAGCAGAGAACUUUGAGAACGCCCAGCCAACAUUUCCACUCACUGAAUCUUGUUAGCUAGCCUUUCUCCGUCUCUAUUGUUGUAUUAAUAUUAUUAAUACUGAUGAUGAGAGGAGGGGUUUAUGUGUUUGUGUUGACCUGAAGAAAGCCAUUAGUGUUGAUCCAAAAGCAGUGAGUGGGAGAGGCAGGAGCCACCUGCAGGCAAGAUCUAUCUUCUCCAACCCUGAAGUUUUCUGCAGCCAGGCGCAGCACUGCCUAGUCUAAACAGCCUCGGGGCCCCGCAGGGGACUUCUCCUGGCCCUUCCCAUCUUGUCCUCCCUCACUUCCUACUCUUUGGGAGAAAGACUGAGAAUUUGAGAGAAAGAAAAAGCCUCAAUUAUGUUAUCAAAAUGGUGUAAAGACUUUAUGGCUGGAGUUAGGCCUGGAUUUUUGUUGACUUUAUUUUUCCCUUUCAUGUUUAUUCCCCGCUGUGACUCCCAUUCUCUCUUCCUCUCCUACCUCCUCCCUUCUUUACACUCCUCCCUACCUUCCCUCUAGCCAUGCAAAUGCUGAAGAGUGCACUGGUGGUUGGAAGAAACAGUGGCAUAAAAGAAAAAUACACCCUUGUGUGCUUUCAACAUGUAGUUGAACAGGCCUAAAAUUAAGGACUAGGGAAAAAAAAGAAAAAGCGAAAGAAACAUGGCCAGAUAAUAUAUGAGUAAAGCAUAAAAACAGAAUCUCGGUGUGGAGCAGGUGGGUUGGGUAGGCUGGGAGCCCCAGCUCGCCCGUGUGUCCACGUGGCAUCUGGGGACGCAGACAAAUCAUGCUUCUGCAGUAAAUGGUCAAGAGCACAAGAGCAUUCGCGCCCUUCUGUCAGGAAAGGGAAAAGAUGUCCGUCCUAGCUGCCACUGUGUGUCCGCCAUGCUUGUCCACCCUGUCUAGUUUUCCCCUGGAGGCAGAUGAACACAUCCCGUGCUUGCCAAGAGUGAGUGCUGGGCAAGCUGGUACUGGCUGAAGCACUUGGCAGGAGCCUGGAUAUGCGCAGAGGAAAGUACUUGGUCUGCAGGGGCCAGAAAGACAACCUCACCCUGACCCAGUCUUUGGGUUACAUUAUCAGCUGUAAGUGUUAAAAUAUCCCAAGGAAUCCCUCUAAGGAUACGACCACCAGGAAAGGAUUGGUUAUAUGUAUCUUAGUGUCUGAUUUGAACCUAUGUUCAUAUGAUGCACAGGUGGAAAACUCUAGUUAUUUCCACCUCCUGGGAGUUGGGGAGAACACAAUUGACCCCAGGCUCUUUGUUUUGAUUUGUUAGCCCAAGCAUUAGCUGCCACAGAAGGUACAUAUCCUUAGCUUAGAGAUGCUAUGGAAGGUAUUGUCUUUAGCAUUAGAGUCAGGGGGAUGAUGGAUAGAGAGAGGUACCGGGCUGAAGCAUGCCAGGUAAUCUGAGAGUAUGUUUCCAAAUGCUGUUCUUGGAUUUCUGGAGUGGCAGUCAGGGUGAUGUAAUUGGCAGGCCAGAAGUAACUGGCCUGAGACCGUGGGAGCCUCACCCACUGCGACCCUGCUGGCUUGAGCUCAGCUUCUGGGAGCUUGCUUCAGUCAUGGUGUAGCUGGCGUCUGUGGAUGUAGCCCAGUGUCGGGCAUUUUUAGCCCACCUCCUCUGGCCAGAGGCUCUUCACAUACUAGCUCAGACUUACUGACUCCCACUUUUCGAUAUUGACAACACUGGGGACAAUUUCUUGUAUCGCCCCCUUUUUCUCUACACAUGUCACAACCAGGAAUAUAGCUUUUAGCUAUUCCCCGAAGAAGUCACACCAGGGUUUUUUUUUUUUUUUUUUCCAGCUGAAUGGCCACCUUGGGGGAGGCUAGGUCUGCCUGUUCACAAGCAACCUUAGGUUUCUCUGUUAAUGGUCUUAAAGAAGGCUCUUCUGGAUCCUUGGUGCACACAGCUCUCCACAGGAGGGUCUGUGGGGUCUCCCACAGAGAUAGCCAGAAUGAAGCUUGGCUGCAAAUCUGGGUUUAAAGUGCUAGAGAACAAGAAAUGCAUCCUGGAGUCUGAUCCAUUUGAAAACUGUCAGACAGAGUGUGUCCAGCCCAAAUCUCCUUUGAAUAGUCAGAUCCUUGGUGUUCUUAGUGACAGUAUGGAAGAAGAAGAGAACACUAUCCACCUGGAUCCCAUCCAAGCCAGACUGGUGGCGCUGCCCUCAGGCAGCUGGCAUCAGACCAUGAACCUCCUGCUCCUGAAGUGCGCUCAGACUCUUCUCAUCCCGAGGCUGGCCUGAUGGCCAGUUAGGACAUCCAGAGAUGAGGAGUGACUGGCCUGUGCACAUUUUAGCUUGUCUGAGAAAGGGUCAGAACUGAGUCCUUAACCAGCGUCCCCUCCCUGACCUGCAUGAGGUUAGGCCAAGGACAACCUUAAAGGCCAAGAUGUGGAAGAUCUCCACAGGAAUUACUUCUCUUCUUCUAGGUGGCUAAUCCCUGCUGUGUCAGGGAAAGGCUGGCUCGGUGGUUUUCGUAAGAGCCACCUCUGUUUAUUAAGACCGGGGUUUUCCUGAGUGAGCUGGGGCUGGAGGUGCCUGGGGUGGGAAGUCUUUGAGAGAAGGAUGUCCUGUGAGGGAUCUCCUGGCUGCAUUGGCUUGUAGAUGGGUGCAGAGGUCUUGGGGUAAGUUAGGAGCGUGUGAUACGUUUGGGAAGGAGCUGGCUUAGUCUUCGUGGCUCUGUUAGGAUCUCAGCUGACUCUGGACGUCUUACAUCCUUGGGGCUGCACUACACUGGACUGCUUUGGAAAGGGUCCCUGGUCCCUGGUGAUGCUCUAAUAAUCUCUGGAACCACGGGGUUUCCACUAGUACCACUUGGCCUGGUUGAGGUGUGAUGCGAACUCCUUCCGGUGGGCACAAGAGAGAGAAGCCAUUCCAGCACUUUAUCCUCACAAUCCCCACAAGCUUGUCUCUUACUCCCUGCUCCCUCAGCGCCUUGGGGAUCUUGAAUCAUAAAAGGAUGAGCCAAGAGCAUCGGCCUCCAUCGCUGGAAAUCUCUACAAAUGAAGAUCCCCCUUUUAUGCCUUUGAAUAUUUUCCCCAUUGGACCAUGGAACCCGGCACCACGCUGCCUCUUGCUGACUGAACAACCUAGAAUUUUUGCCUUGAGCUGCUGAGCUGCAGCACACAGGAUGGAGGCUGACACAGCUUUUGUGGGGUUAGAGGAAAAAGGGCUGCAGAUUUGGGAAGCUGUGUGUAAUGGGCCGAAGAUGAAUUUCCAUCCGGCUUGCUUUGCUGCUCCGAAAAGCAAACGCAGCAGCAAACAGAGGAACAGGACGCCCGGCCCCAUCUCCGUCCCCUCCCCUCCUCUUUCAGGUGUGGCGUCGUGAUGGCAUGUGGAAAGCUGUGUACACCAUUGCCUUUCUGUCCUCUGGGGAGAUUUUUCUUUUCCUCCCACCUGUCAAGCCCUGGCCUUGUGACCCCCAUUGUGCAAGGUGCUGUAGUCCCAUCCUGUCUAAGGGGUACAUGGGACCUCUUGGUAUUUCAGUAUUAGAGAGGAGGAUAUGUACAUCUUCCCUUAUCGCAAGGGGCACCCUGCUUCUGACUCCCUAGAGAGCUGCCAUAUUGCAGGUAUCUCCAAGAGAGACCACAGGUUGGAAAGCGCCCAUGUCUGGAUUUUACCUCUCUGAUUGGGGUUUGCCUGGGAAGUCGGCUGUCUGGAGGGAUGGCCUAUGUGCCAGGGCCCUGCCCCUCCCUGGCCUUCCUCCUGCCCUGACUCAGUUUCCAUUCCAGGAGAGAAGCCUUGGAGACGUGAGAGCCUGAGCGAAGGAUUAGGCAUAUGAGCAACGAGCAGCCUUUACCUCAGAACCACUGGCUACCCCAGCCUUCCUGAGGAACCCCCCACCCCCCGCACGCUGGUAAAGCCUGAGCCACAGUCCCCUGCCUCUCCUUGCUGUGGUUAGUAUCUUGUCCUGUGACCGAUUAGCAGUGUUGACUACCCAUGUAGCAAAUCCUUUGUCUGCAGUUUAGAGAAUGUGUAAGCAAA